UGAGUUCUUUGACCAAUUGUAGCCAGUUAGGGAUGCUGGAUGUCAGCUACAACCUGCUUGGUGGUGAGCUGCCUAACUCCAUAACAAACCUCACAACCCAACUAACAUGGUUACAGCUUGGAGGGAAUUUUAUUGGUGGACGCAUACCCAUGCAGAUAUCAAAUCUAGCCAGCUUAACUCAACUUGGCCUGCAACAGAAUUUUUUAACAGGGAAUAUUCCAGCUUCAAUUGGUAAGCUCUCAAACUUGAACAGACUAUACUUGGGUGGAAACAAAUUUACAGGGGAGAUCCCAUUUUCUGUUGGCAACAUGACUCGAUUGUUACAUCUCUAUUUGUAUAACAACAGCUUAGAAGGAAGCAUACCAACGAGUCUGGGAACGUGUAGAUUCCUGCAAGAUGUACGUUUUUGCCAUAAUAAAUUAAAUGGCACCAUACCAAAGCAACUCCUUGGUCUUCCAGCUCUUUCUAUAGUCCUUAAUAUGUCUCACAACUCUCUGACGGGUCCGUUGCCACCAGAAGUAGGAAACCUGAAAUCUCUUGUUACUCUGGAUUUGUCAUACAACAAAUUCUCCAAAGAGAUUCCGAGGGAGCUCAACGAUUGUUUGGCGUUGGAAGUUCUUCAGAUGCAGGGGAACUUCUUUGAAGGAACCAUUCCUGAUUUAAGAGGGUUAAAAGGUAUUCAAUAUCUUGAUCUUUCCCAUAACAACUUGACUGGCCCAAUCCCAAGCUACAUGGUUAGUUUUUCCUCGUUGCAAAACUUGAAUCUGUCUUUCAACAAUAUGGAGGGAGAGGUGCCGGUACAAGGGAUCUUCAGCAAUGUUACUGCAAUUGAAAUCUAUGGCAACAGUGGGCUUUGUGGGGGGAUCCAAGAGCUGCAGUUGCCUGCAUGCCCCAUUCGAGGGUCCAAGAAGCAUAGAAAGCAUGUUGCUUUUAAGUUGACACUGGCAUUGGGCAUUGCAGCUGCUUUCUGCUUGACGUUGUUAUCUUUGAUUUCCCUGUGCUGCUUGAGAAAGUCCAAGAAUAAAAGUAUUUCUUUUUCUUCUUCUGGGCACUUUUACCAAAGGAUUUCUUAUCAAGAAUUACUCAAAUCAACCGGUGGAUUCUCUGGGAGGAAUUUGAUUGGUUCAGGUCAUUUUGGUACUGUCUAUAAAGGAAAACUUGGUCCAGAUGAAACCAGUGUCGCAGUCAAGGUACUCCACCUUCACAAGGAAGGAGCUACCAAGAGCUUCAUCGCUGAAUGCCAGGCCUUGAGGAACAUCCGGCAUCGACAUCUGGUUAAGAUUCUAACUGCUUGCUCAAGUGUUGAUUAUGAUGGCAAAGAUUUCAAAGCUUUAGUAUACGAGUUCAUGCCAAAUGGGAACCUGGACACGUGGUUGCAUCCAGAAGAUGGGUUCCAGCAGCAGAGAAAUUUAAGCUUUCCCCAGAGAAUGAACAUUGCAAUAGAUGUGGCUUCUGCUUUGCUUUACCUUCAUCAUCACUGCCAAACUCCUAUUAUUCACUGUGAUCUAAAGCCAAGCAAUGUUCUUCUUGAUGAUGAUCUGACUGCUCACAUAAGUGAUUUUGGUUUGGCAAGACUCCUUUCAGAAUCUGGCAGGCAAGAUUUUUUUAAUCAAUUAAGCUCAGCUGGGAUUAAUGGAACCGUCGGUUAUGCUCCUCCAGAGUAUGGGAUGGGCGAUCAGCUAUCAACUAAUGGUGAUGUGUACAGCUUUGGGAUCCUCUUGUUGGAGAUAUUCACUGAAAGAAGACCCACUGAUGAAUUGUUCAAAGAUGACCUGAACCUUCACAACUUUGUCAAGUUGGCAUUGCAGAGACAAGUAUUGACACAGAUUCUAGACCAAUCAGUUUUGAACGAGGAAGGAGAAACUAAGAAUAUGGUUACAUGUUGGAGUGACUGGACAAGUGAAGAAAUUGAAUGCUUGAUAUUGGUCUUUCACAUUGGCCUUGCGUGUUCAGCAGAAUCUCCAAGGGACAGAAUGGACAUGACAAGAGUUUCCUUGGAAUUGCUUUCAAUUAGAGACAAACUCAUUGGAAACAGAACUCAUGAAUAGAAAAUGGAAAGCCCAGUUAACGGGUAAAGUUUCUGAAAUACAUCAGUUAUGUGAAUAGGAGUUUGCACGAAUAAGAGUUUCGAGAGGCACACAUGGUGAAGUGAGAAGAUUUGUGAAUUAUCUCUUCUUUAUCUUAUCUUUCAAUACAUCGACUUGACCCUUAAAUAAGAAGUUUAUGUUAGUGAAGGAAUAAGAAGUUUAUCUCCAAGUUAUCCCAGAGAUGGUCUUUGUUAUUAUACUUUGUUUUAGUUGUAAUGUUUUAGUCUAUCUCUUAUGUAUGUACUUGUUAUUGGGUAGGAAUCUGUAAUCUCUUAUGUGUGAGCCUCUUUAAGGCAACG